UGCAGCUUCCUUCCUUGAGGCUGGCCGUGCAAACCAGCCGAGUUACUUCCCUCUGAAUGCCGUUUGGUGUGUGAAAUUGCUACCUUUCCUUUCGCUUUGCCUCCUUAAUUACGGGCAAAGCUACUAUCAAGAGCCAUUUUCCCAGCGAAGGAAAACCCAGAGACUUGAGUUGAUCGUUUCUCAGCUGAUUUUUUCCCCCUCCCUGCUUCCUAAAAGGAGAUGCUGGCUUGUUCAACGAAGAAAAAUGCACUUCCUUGGAGCAGCGUAGGAAAAGCCUGAAGAGUGGCCUCAUUUUGGAGACAUCGCACACAGCACCCCUACUGAUUUGAAGAUUCGACUUUCACGCAGUUAUCCUCCUCAAGAGACAGAUUUUGCCAAGAAUACGGGGCCAAUAUGGGUAUAUGCUUCCUUGUUAUCCUAUUCAGCAGCUGCUUAACAUACCUUGGUGUUGCCAAUAUAACUUCAGUACAUCCGUCGACGGAGAGUCCCUUGCCCACCACCAGUUUAGCGAAAACUGCCACCACGCAGGCGACUAGUGCAAAGCCCACCACUUCGAUGAAGAGGCCGACCACGUCACCGGGCGUGGCACCGACCGUGGCACAAAGCCACCCGCCUCCGAAAGUGCCGGAAGCCACAACCACCAACGCCACUGUCACUGUGCCCAGCGUGGGCGUGGCCACGACUUCACACAAGACUCUGCGGCCCACAUCUGGGCCCACCGCCCUUCCACCGAAUGCCACAGAAUCUCCUCCCAAUGUCACCGCGACGGAUAAAACGUUGACGACGGUGGAGGCCAACUUCACAAGUGCACUAGCGACUUCGCAAGCCUUCAACACCGCAACUGAGAUCACAGGACAUACCGGUGACUCAGACCCUCGGCGAGAUGAGACACCCAUCAUCGCUGUAAUGGUGGCCCUCUCCUCCUUGCUCAUCAUAGUAUUUAUUAUUAUUGUCCUCUACAUGUUAAGGUUCAAAAAACACAAACAGGCCGGGAGCCACUCCAAUUCCUUUCAUUUGUCCAAUGGCCGGACAGAUGACAUUGAACCGCAAAGCAUGCCGCUGCUGGCCAGAUCUCCCAGCACCAACCGGAAGUACCCGCCGUUGCCUGUGGAUAAACUGGAGGAGGACAUUAACCGGCGAAUGGCAGACGACAACAAGCUCUUCCGCGAGGAAUUCAGUGCCCUCCCAGCAUGUCCGAUCCAAGCCACCUGUGAAGCCGCCUCUAAAGAAGAAAACAAGGAGAAGAACAGAUACGUCAACAUUUUGCCUUAUGACCAUUCCAGGGUUCACCUGACACCUAUUGAAGGGGUUCCAGACUCCGAUUAUAUCAACGCCUCGUUCAUUAAUGGGUAUCAGGAGAAGAACAGGUUCAUUGCAGCACAAGGGCCCAAAGAAGAAACGGUGAACGACUUCUGGAGAAUGAUUUGGGAGCAAAACACAGCCACAAUUGUCAUGGUGACCAAUCUGAAGGAGAGGAAAGAGUGUAAAUGUGCCCAGUAUUGGCCAGAUCAGGGUUGCUGGACGUAUGGGAAUAUCCGGGUUUCCGUGGAAGAUGUGACCAUCCUUGUUGACUACACAGUACGGAAAUUCUGCAUUCAACAGGUUGGCGACGUCACCAAUAAAAAACCUCAGCGCCUGGUGACGCAGUUCCACUUCACCAGCUGGCCGGAUUUUGGGGUGCCUUUCACGCCCAUCGGGAUGCUGAAGUUCCUGAAGAAGGUGAAGACUUGCAACCCCCAAUAUGCGGGCGCCAUCGUGGUCCACUGCAGUGCCGGUGUGGGACGGACGGGAACGUUCAUUGUGAUCGAUGCCAUGCUGGACAUGAUGCACGCCGAGAAGAAGGUGGAUGUUUAUGGGUUUGUGAGCCGAAUCCGGGCCCAACGCUGCCAGAUGGUACAGACUGACAUGCAGUACGUAUUCAUCUACCAGGCGCUUCUGGAGCAUUACUUAUAUGGAGACACAGAACUGGAGGUGACUUCGCUGGAGGUCCAUCUCCAGAAGAUUUACAACAAAAUUUUGGGGAGCAGCAGCAACGGAUUGGAGGAAGAGUUUAAGAAACUCACCUCCAUCAAAAUCCAGAACGACAAAAUGCGAACAGGCAAUUUGCCGGCCAACAUGAAGAAGAACAGAGUGCUCCAGAUAAUCCCAUAUGAGUUCAACCGCGUAAUCAUUCCAGUGAAGAGAGGCGAGGAAAAUACAGAUUAUGUAAAUGCUUCUUUUAUUGACGGUUACCGUCAAAAGGAUUCCUACAUCGCCAGCCAAGGACCGCUCCAGCACACCAUUGAGGACUUCUGGCGGAUGAUCUGGGAGUGGAAGUCCUGCUCCAUCGUGAUGUUGACAGAGCUGGAAGAGAGGGGCCAGGAGAAGUGUGCUCAGUAUUGGCCUUCGGACGGCUCUGUAUCUUACGGAGACAUCGCCAUAGAACUGAAGAAGGAGGAAGAGUGUGAGAGCUACACAGUCCGGGAUCUGCUGGUGACCAACAACAGGGAAAACAAAAGCCGGCAAAUCCGACAGUUCCACUUCCACGGGUGGCCAGAGGUGGGGAUCCCCAGCGACGGGAAAGGCAUGAUCAAUAUUAUAGCAGCUGUGCAGAAGCAACAACAGCAAUCCGGCAAUCACCCCAUCACUGUGCAUUGCAGCGCUGGAGCUGGGCGGACGGGGACCUUCUGCGCGUUGGGCACCGUCCUGGAAAGGGUCAAGGCAGAAGGAAUUCUGGACGUCUUUCAGACGGUGAAGAGUUUGAGGUUACAGAGGCCGCACAUGGUGCAAACACUGGAACAGUACGAAUUCUGCUACAAGGUAGUCCAGGAAUAUAUAGAUGCCUUUUCAGAUUACGCCAACUUCAAGUGAAGCCGAUCCCGCCGGAAGACAGAAAAAGCCUUGCCUUCUUUAAUACUUUGUAAUAUUCUGUUUGUUAAUAUCCCUAUCGCCCCGCACCCUUCCCCCCCCCUCAAACGUGUAUAUAAUCUUAACUGUUCUAGAAGGGUUGGUACCAUAAGAUUGCUAUUAAUUAGCUUGAGAUUUUAUAUGUAGCAAAAAAAAAAAAGUGUUAGAUAAAAGAAGAUUGUAGGCACUUUCUUUUUCCAAUGUUUUAUUGGGGAAUUAAAUAGUGUGAUAUUUGGAUUAAUAUUGUCAAAAAAAAAAAAAAGAAAAUCACAUCUCUGUCGUGGAGAAUUUAUGCAGGCUGGUUUUGUUUCGGUUUUUUUGUUUUGUUUUGUUUUGUAAAUCUCUUUUUUUUUUUUCCCCUUCCUGAGGGAGUAAAGCUUUUUAAAAACCAAAA